AUGUAUAAUUUUGCUAAAACUGCAACAAAAGACCCAUAUAAUUUUGAUAUAAAUUAAAAGAGUACAACAGGAGGAACAAAGAAGAAUGAUACUGGUGAUAAGAAUAAAAAAUUGUCUAAUAUGGAACCCAAAAGAUUGGCAAUUAGAUUUGAUCCCCCAAUGAUCAGUUAAUAUUUAGUAAAUAUAGAUUAGUUGUUGAAUAUUUGUAACCAUCAUCAGGAAAGUUGUAUCAUCAUAAGAUGAAACUUUUAAAACUAAAGCCUGAUACUCCUAUUAAUCAUGCAUUAGAAUAUUUAAAGAAAAAACAUGCUAUGUACUUUAUGAAUAAUAAGAUUCCUGAAAAGUAAUUGUUGGGUAAUUGAAUGUUACAUCAAUAAAAUAGAGUUGAUCGGUAAGAUCUAAAAAAGGUUAUAAAUUACUAAGCCAAAUGUAAAUGCUAAAAAUACUACUACUACUACUACUACAUAAGCUAGACCAACAUCAUCGACUAGACCUAUGAGUUCUUCAACAUAAGCAUCUACAAAUAUGUCCAAGACCUAAUCAAAAUUAUAAAAAGAUAUUGAAGAUUAUGGUAUGUCUGAAGAGGAUUUAUAUAAUUAUGCUAUGAAAAAUCAUAAAGGCAAAUAACCUGUUUUAGAAGAUGAUGAUGAAGAUGAAGAAGAUGAAGAAUGUUAUGAAUAAAAUUAUGAAGAAGAUUCAGAAGAUGAAUUCACAGAUUAAUAAUAUAGGAUGUUAUAUUAAUAAAUGGGUUAUAACUAGUUGAAUUUAAAUAAAAUGACAACUGAAGAAUUAAAAAAACAUAAAUAAAUUAUGGAAUCCAUGUAUAAUAAGAAUUCAGUUAAACCAGGUGAUAAAAAUUAUAAAUAUGAUGUACAAAAAGAUUUCAAACCUUCCGCUUAAAAUUAAUGGGAUAUGGAUGAUGAAGAAGAUUAUGAUAUAGUUUGA